AUGACUAGUAAACCAAAUGAUGAAGUUUUUCAAAAUUUAGAAGAUCCUGGUGAAUGGCCUAGUAAUUUAAGCGUUAGAGAAAGAGAUAUAAUUAUCGAAAAAGGCCCAAUUGAAAUAACCAAUCACGAUUUUCCAAUAAAAUCUAGUGAUAAUGUAGCAAAGAGAAAAUUCACAGUUGAACAUUAUAAUAGAAUUUUAUCUAAUGGCGAAAAAGUUAAACGUAGAUGGUUAAUUUAUUCAAAGAAAAAAGAUGUUGUCUAUUGUUUUUGCUGUAAACUUUUUGGAAAUUCAUGUGGUAGUGGUUUGGCAGAUUAUGGGCUGGACGAUUGGAAACACAUUUCAGAGAGAAUAAAAAGUCAUGAAAAUUCUCAGAAUCAUUUACUAAAUACUGAAAAAUGGAUUAGUUGUGAAAUAAGAAUGAAGAAAAACAUAACAAUUAAUAAACAAAAUUUAGUAUUAAUUAGAAAGGAAACUGAACAUUGGAGGGCAGUUUUGACUCGUAUUCUUCAUAUUGUACAUUAUUUAUCAGAACGAAAUCUUGCUUUUCGUGAAAUCCAUUCAUCGACUGGAGAAAAUAUUAGUUUGACUAUUCUUUCAGAAUUAGAUAAAAUUGGCUUAGAUAUAAAAGAUUGUAGAGGGCAGGGAUACGAUAACGGUGCUAACAUGAAGGGCAAGUAUAAAGGAGUACAAGCCAAAAUUCUUCAAAAAAAUCCAAAAGCAUUUUUCACUCCAUGUGCUUGUCACAGUCUAAAUCUGCUAUUAGGAGAUAUGGCAAAAUGUUCUCCUAUUAGGUGGUCUAUUUUAAUAAAAAAUAUUCCUAAUUGCACAGUAAAACGAUUAUCAGAAACUAGAUGGGAAAGCAGAAUUGAGAGCGUAAAACCUAUAAGAUAUCAUACUGCCUUAAUUAGAGAUUCUCUUUUAGAAAUAGCUGAAACUACAAAUGAUUCUACUAUAAAAAGUGAAGCUGAAUCACUUGCGUUAAAUGAAUUGGAAAAUUUUGAAUUUAUUGUGAGCGUAGUGAUAUGGUAUGACCUUCUUCUUUCAGUUAAUAGUGUUAGCAAAAUAUUACAGUCAAGUGAUAUGAACUUGGAUGUCGCAGUUAACGGUUUAAAAGGUCUACUAAAGUUUUUGAAAAAUUAUAGAGAUACUGGAUUUACUUCCGCAAUAGUUGAUGCAAAAGAGAUUGCAACUAUUUUAAAAAUUAAUCCUGUGUUUAAAGAGACAAGGAUUCGAAAAAUAAAACGAUUAUUUACCUAUGAACAAGAUGAUGAACCAAUCAACUUGAAUAAGACACCAGAAGAAAAAUUUAAAAUUGAAUAUUUUUAUCAAAUUGUAGAUACUGCUAUACAAUCUAUGGAGUUACGUUUUCAACAAUUUGAGGAGUAUUCUAAUAUGUUUGGGUUCUUAUAUUCUCCUGAAAAAUUACGUAAUAUAAGUGAAAAUGACUUAAUGAAAUGCUGUUUUGAUUUGGAUAUUUCUCUGAGGGAUGGUGAUAAACACGAUAUUGAUGGCGCAGAACUUUUUUCUGAAUUAAAAAUUCUCAGACAAAUGAUACCUGAAGAAAUUAAUAAGUCUAUCGAAGUAUUACAGUUUAUAAAAGAUCUUCAGAAUCCAUUUCCUAAUGCUACUGUAUCAUAUAGAAUAUUACUAACUAUACCAAUAACUGUAGCCAGUGCAGAAAGAUCUUUUUCUAAGUUAAAACUCAUAAAAUCAUAUUUAAGGACAUCAAUGACUCAAGAAAGGCUAACUUCACUUGCAAUAUUAUCUAAUGAAGAAGACAUAGCUUCAAACUUGGACUACAAUGAAAUAAUAAAUGAAUUUGCGAGAAAUAAAGCAAGGAAAGUAAACUUUGUAUAA